AUGUCACCCACAGAAGAUCUAGAAGGAACGGCCUCUGGUGAAGAAAUUACCGAGAUCGUAAAAACGGAUAAGGGAGCAACGAUAGAGAUGCAGGAGCCGUUUGAUGACAGCAAAACUCUUACGGGAUUUGAUAAUCGAAUCGAGUCAUCGAGAACAGAGGUUAUGCAACACGGUACAUCGAAUUCGACAAUUUCUUCAAUGUCAAACACAUCAGAAUACGAUGCUCAAAAUGUCUCUCUCAAUAUAAUUUAUGGCAAAGGUGAACAGAAAUCACAUUACUGUUUUGUAGUUAAUAAUGGUUGCUUCGAGGAAAUUUCCGGCUACAUGAUGAUUAAUGUCGCCGCUGGUCUAGAACAUGACAAUUUUGCAGAUUCGAUUUACUAUCGCACUUUAUUGAUAUCUCGACGAUAUUCGUUUGAAUGUCUCUCAUCCACUUAUUACCACGAGGAACGCGACUGUGUUCUAAAUUUGGACGAUCGCCAUCGAAGUCCACAACUUUUGGAGAAACAAAGCGGCCAACACGCUAUCACGUACCUUGCACCAACUUGUGAAAAAGACGAAACCACUGCAUCGUUAAUGAGAAAUUCAUUCGAUAUUACCUGCAAACGGGUGACGCAGAACUCGAUGUCAACAUCGAAAGCACGGAAAAUGGGCGCGAAUACCGAUGAGUGUUUCCUUGAAUUGGCGGAUUUUGUUUUGGAAGGUACUGCUUUAGCCAUUGAGACCACAGUUUCCGUCCAGAAGUGCAAGUGUAAAUGUAUUCAGGGAGAAUUAAUAUUUUCAAAUCCUGAAAAUUUGAUCUAUGUGCCAAACUCUCAUCCGCGUAGUUACUUCGAGCACAAGUGUGCAACAAAAGAUGCUAUUCGUUAUAAUUAUGUGGCUGAUUUCUGCACUAAUGAUUCUAGUGAACUUCAACAUAACACAGUUAAUGUUGCGAACAGAUCUGAAAGGGAUAAUGAGAAACCUGGCUUGGAAGCGAUGGUCACCAUGGUAACAGCCUCUUCGAAACCUAACGACGAAAGUCCAGAUGCUGAUGAUAACGAACGAGAUCCAUCAAAAUGGAACCCAAGCAAUGAAGCGGGAGGCGGAAGGUUUCUUACUGCGGGAAAUCAAUUACAACACAAAUUUGACAUUCCCGAGGCCGAAAUGGAGGAAGAUAAUGCAGUGAUGGAGGCUCCAUCAACAUCGACCACCACCACAACCACCACCGCAACUAGGCAGCGUGCUAAACUGAAACGAUAUGUUGUGAGGGCGUAUGUGAACAAGAACAUUCCAGAAACGGAUGGGUUGGACGAGCGAGAAUUCGACAAGAUCGUUGAAUUAGAAUUGCCGGAUGAUUUCCACGGUGAACCAUCGGAGUUUCUGCCACCGGUUGAUGCCGAAUACGUGUUGGUCCAAUGGCCAUCACGCUUAAACGGUCCUCGCAGCACAAAAUUCGAUUCUAAAAUGAGAAACUCAGGUGAAAACAUUACAGUCAUAGGAAAAACCGAGGCGACAACAACAAUGACAACAACAACAGCAACUGCUACUACUACUGUAGCAGUAGCGGCAACAACAGCAACAACAACAGCGACUACUUCUAAACCGAUAGAACCUGACUUGAUAGCAAGGCUACUGCAGAGGAAUGCCUGCUCAGAAGCAAUACCACGGGACGAGUGUGUGCUCGUUCUCAAUGAGGUUAUGAAAAUGGGGCAAGGACAUCGUCAUGUCCUUUUGAAUGGUGCCAGAACUCACCAUGUAGUCUUGUUCAGUGAAGGAUAUCAAAACAUCAUUACUGGUGUGCUAUCAUCCACCGACCACAUUCGUGUUAUUUUGAAAAUCUUUCGUCUUCUUGAAGCCAUUAAGAAGCUAUCCACCCAUCGAGUUCAUCGUCUUCCUGUGAUUGAUCCAAUUUCAUUUGACCCUCUGGGAAUUCUCACACUUAAGCACAUUCUGAAGUUUCUAUGGUAUCACGGGAGAGAUUUCUUUCAACCAUCACAUUUUAUCAGAACUCCAAAACAACUAAAUGUUGGAACGUGGGAAAGGCUUCAUGUCGUUUACCGUGAUACUCCAUUGAUUGAUUGUUUGGAUAUUCUUCUUAGUGCGGGUGUUUCCUCAGUGCCAGUUGUUGAACAUCAUACUCUCAGAGUUGUUGACGUGUACUGUCGUUUUGACGCAAUGAAUGUUCCCUUCCAAAAAGAAGGCUUUGACCCUGCAGUAGACGUAAGCGAAGCGCUCAAGUAUAGACCAGUUUAUACGGAUCGUGCUUGUGCAGUUGUCUUGAGUGAAGUCGACUCGUUUUAUAGAGUCGUUAGCAUGAUGAUGAAAACCAAUGCUCAUCGAGCUUUCAUCGUAAAUUGCGAUACCGCUAUUCGGGUUUCAAAACUGGCACUUGAGACCUCUGUCUUGGAAUGUGAUCAGUUUUUUUUUUUAUCAUUUACUGUUAUCUAA